AUGAUCCAACAAGUCGACGUCCUCAUCUGCGGCAGCGGCUCGGCCGGCCUCUGCGCGGCGACCUGGCUGGCGCGAUACGGGCUGCGGUGCAAGGUGCUGGAGCGGCGCUCGGGCCCGAUGACGAUGGGCCAGGCGGAUGGGGUGCAGUGCCGGACGGUCGAGAUCUUCGAGAGCUUCGGGAUCGGCGACGAGCUGCUGCGCGAAGCGUACCACGUGCUGGAGGUGGUGUUCUGGGCGGACGAGGAUGGGUCCGGGGCGAUUCGGCGCACGGGCAGGACGGCGGACACGCAGCCGGGCCUGUCGCAUCAGCCGCACGUCAUCCUGAACCAGGCGCGGAUCAACAUGCUGCUGAUCGAGGCGAUGCGGCGGUUCAAUGGGCAGGAGAUCGAUUAUGGGUAUACCGUGCAGGGGGUCGAGGUGGAUCGGACCAAGGUGGCGGAUCCCGAGGCGUAUCCGGUGACGGUGACGGCGGAGAAGGCGGGGACGGUGGAGAGGUUUGAGGCCAAGUAUGUUAUGGCAUGCGAUGGAGCGCAUAGUACCGUGCGGAAGGUGCUCGGGUACAAUAUGGUCGGGGAUAGUACGGACGCCGUCUGGGGCGUGAUGGAUAUGGUCCCCCGCACGGAUUAUCCGGAUAUCCGGAAGAAGUCGACGAUCCGCUCGAAAGCAGGUAACCUGCUGAUCAUCCCUAGAGAAGGGGACAGCGACAACCUGACGCGGUUCUACAUCGAGCUCCCUGCGGGGACCAGGGCCAAGGAUGUUAAGCUGGAGGAUCUGCAGCAGGCCGCGAAGAAGAUCCUGAGUCAGUAUCGGAUCGAGUUCGUGGAGACGGUGUGGUGGUCGGCGUAUGCGAUCGGCCAGCGUCAUGCCGACUGCUUCCACAAGGACUAUCGCGUCUUCCUUGCGGGAGACGCCUGCCAUACCCACUCCCCCAAAGCCGGGCAGGGCAUGAAUGUCAGUCUCCAGGAUGGGUACAAUAUGGGCUGGAAGUUGGCGUCGGUCCUGAAGGGGCUGGCCCCUCCGUCUCUGCUGGAGACGUACGUGCUGGAGCGGCAGAAGGUGGCUAUUGAUCUGAUCAACUUCGAUCGAUACUUUGCGAAGCUCUUUUCGUCUAAGGGGGACGCAUCGCCCCAGGAGUUCCAGGAGGGGUUCAUCAAGUCUGGGAAGUAUACUGCGGGUCUUACGGCCAAGUAUGACGAAUCGUCUAUCACCUCCGACACGGGUGUGUCGAAAGAGCUUUCGACGAAUGUCGUCGUGGGGAUGAGACUGCCUAGCGCACAGGUGGUGCGCUUCUGCGAUUCGAAACCGUUGCAACUAGCCACGACUCUGAAGUCUGACGGCAGGUGGAGGGUCAUCGCCUUUGUUGGUGAUCUCAGUAUCACCCAGAACAAAACUAGAUUGGAUGCUCUAGGAAGCUAUCUUAGCUCGAGCGACAGUCCUUUGCGGACUUUCCGUCUGGAGGGAGGCGACGCAGACGGCUUGAUCGAGCCGAUAUUGGUUGGAUAUGGCCAGCGACACAGUGUUGAACUGGAAGAGAUUCCUUCAUGCUUUUACCCUGUUACCGGCAAGAACCAGACAAGAGACAUCCAUAAAAUCUUCUUCGACGACGAGAGCUACAACAAGGGCCAUGGACAUGUUUAUGAGCAUCUGGGGAUAAACCCUGAGAGGGGAGCGAUCAUCAUCGUCCGCCCUGAUCAAUAUGUAUCGACAGUGCUCAGUCUCGACGAUUAUCGCCAGAUCGGCCAAUUCUUCUCAGGAUGUUUAUCACCCCAAGAAGACCCGAACUCUGGGCCAGAAAGCAAGCUAUAA